AUGGUGGCGGCGGAUUGGAAGCAUAAAUCUGAACGUUACGGCCACCCAUCCUGUCGAGGGGCUUCCGUUGCGCGCACAGUGCUGGUGGGAGAGGGCCGCACCGAGCCCAGUCUGCGGGUUCCUCGCUGGGACGGAAAACAGCGGUGACGAAAUCUCCCCUCAGACAACCUGUUCAGCUUGUGGGCUGUAUUUGAGACUAAAGAAAUGGCAACUUCAUGAAAAUCUGUGAAGAUGGACAGACAGAACAGGGGUGUUGCUGAUCCUCAGCUACAGGAAGAUCCAGAAGGCAGCAAAAUAGAAGGAGAUAACUCAGGAGCACAGUUGGAUGUGUUGGCCAAAGCACACGAGUUCUUUCAGAUCUGUGAUGUAGAAGGGAAAGGGUUUAUCGCUCGUCAUGACAUGCAGAGGCUCCAUGGUGAGUUACCUCUUGUCCCAGAAGAGCUGGAGAAAGUAUUUAACACUCUGGAUACAGAUGGCAAUGGUUCUCUUACUCUAGAAGAAUUCAUCACGGGAUUCAGCCAGUUUUUGUCUGGGAGGAAGGAAUCUGUUGCUGAGGUCUGUGGAUGUGAAACUGGAAAUAACUUUCAUCCUAAACCAAAAGAAAGCAUUAUGGAAGGAAAUGAGGAAGAAGAUCAGUUUUCACAUCUCAUGGAGCGGCUUGGAGCUAAUAACAUCUUGAAGGAUGAAAAUGAUAUAAAGAAACUCUGGCUGCAUUUGAGGAAACAGGAGCCUCACCUACUUUGCAAUUUUGAAGAAUUCUUGACAAAAAUCUUUUCUCAGCUCCAAGAAGCUGAUGAUGAAAAGAACACCUUGGAGUAUGCCCUGAUGAACAAAAUUUCUGCCUAUGAUGAUGAAAUCCAGCAACUGUAUGAAGAAAUGGAACAGCAAAUCAAAAAUGAGAAAGAAAAGGUCCUGUUGGAGGACACCGAGAGGUUUCAGUCCCGACAUCAGGAUCUGGAGCAUAAACUUGCAGAAAAGGAGAAGGAAUUGGAACAACUGGCUCAGAAACAGAAAAGACUGGAAGGACAAUGUAAAGAGCUACAUAAUGAUAAGCAGGAUACUACAACAGAAAAUACCAGAUUGAAGGUUACUAACCAAGAGCUUCAGAAUGAGCUGGAGAGAACAUCAGAGGAGUUAAUUGUUGCCCAACAGCAGUUGCAGAUACUUCAAGAUGAAGCUAAAAAACUGCAGGAAGAAAAGGAAAUUGAGGUUUACCGAGUGACAGAAAUAUUACAGAGGGAGAAAUCAGGACUUCUUAAACAAUUGGAUUUUUUGAGAGAAAGGAACAAAUAUCUGAGAGAUGAACGUGAUAUAUGUCUCCAACAGAAAUGUAGGAAUGUUGCACCUGUCAGUUGGAAGCAAAGGUCAGGCUCAAUUAUUGGCAAAUAUAUUGAGAGAAGAAGUUCCCUGAAGAGUGAGUCUUCAGAAGAUGACACAUUUAGCACAUCCCAAAGAAGAAAUUCCGUUAGUUUGAGUGUGGAUCUUUCAUUAGAUUCUGAGCCCCAUGUGGCUGGGGGGCUGAUUCAGAGAAAGCAUUUCAGAAGGAUAAUAUCCAUUGAAGAAGAUCAUCUGCCACAGCUUCUCAAUAGGACAGAGAGGCAACUAAUCAGGUGGAUAGAAGAAGAUGAAGAUGUCUCCCCAGGAUCAUCAGAAAUGAACGGCGCCCAACAGCACUCACAGCCUGAACAUCCUAGGGAAGAGCCAGUAGGAAAAGAAACACUGACAAAUGAUGAAGCAUUGCGCAUGGCUCCAGAUCGUAUAUUCAAGAUAGUUCUGGUGGGAAAUUCAAAUGUGGGAAAGACUUCCUUUUUAAAGCAGUUAUGUGAAGACCGUUUUUCUCCAGGCACAGCUGCUACUGUGGGUGUGGAUUACUGCAUGAAAACCAUGACCCUGGAUGGCAGCCAGGUGGUGCUGCAACUCUGGGACACUGCCGGGCAAGAAAGGUACCGCAGCAUCACUAAGCAGUUCUUCCGAAAAGCCGACGGUGUUGUUGUGAUGUAUGAUGUAACAGCACGAGACACCUUUGUGGCUGUAAAGCAAUGGCUGGGGAGCAUAGAGGAGGCAACUGGGGAGAACAUUCCCGUCCUUUUGCUUGGCAAUAAAAUUGAUAAGGAAAAAGAGCGAGAAGUUCCUAAUGGAUUGGGAGAACAUCUAGCCAAGGAUUACAGUUUAAUUUUUUAUGAGUGCAGUGCCUUGACGGGUGAGAAUACCAAAGCAUCUAUACUGCACCUGGCCAGGAUUUUAAAAGAGCAGGAAGACAGCGUGAAGGAAAGAACUGUUCAGCUGCACCAGUUGCCUAAGAAAGCAACGUGUUGUUCCUGGCAAUAAAGGACACACAGGACCCCCUUUAAUAAACAAACACAAUCACUUCCAUUUUUCCUAUACUACAGUAUCCUGGCUUAUGUUGUCAGGCAUUCUGUUUAUGGCUUGUACAGGACUGUAAAUCAUUUUUGCUUGUAGUGCUAUUGCAAUGAUUUUUAAAAAUUCUUGGAUGCAAAUAAGGAAGACGAUUGCUAACCGAUUGUCCUAAGAGCACUGCCUCAGGCUGGAGGAAGAACCAGGAGUGUGUGGCUGUCACAGAAACCUGCAACCUGCCUUCCCUUCCCAUCAACAAGGUUUCAUACGUGUGCAAAGUAACACACGUGUGCAAUGUCACCUGCCGCCAUACUCUGUCAUUAGCUGCUCCUUGGAAAGGCAGAGGAGGCUGAGCCAGAAACGAACAAUCUGCUUUGCCGUCUUAAGUGUCUACGGAGAAAGGGGAUAUGUGAGAAAACCACCUCGUCCAGAUUUCACUGGACCCUGACCUGUUUAGACUGCACCUGGAGGAUUGUGUCCAGCUCUGACCUCAGCUCUUUAAACGAGCCCUGGAAAGACUGGAGCAGGUCCAGAAGUGACCUGCUGGGAUUAUAAGAGCCGGAGUCCAAGCUGUAAAAUGAAGAAUUGCCCGUGUUUGGCUUGCAAAAGGGAAAAUAACAUGAGAUUGAUAGAGGUCCACAAAGGUGAUAUAGAUACAGGUUGCUGUGUGUAAGAGAGGCAGAUCUAUUCCCAACCGAAAUGGAGAGCAGGGCAAGAAGGACUGGCUGAAAGAUUUGGGAGGCGUCGUGGGAGCUGAGGCACAGGGGAACCACCUGCCUAGGGGAGUGGAGGACUCAGCUUGCUGGAUGGGUAGCUGGCCGCCGGUCAGAUGAUUUCGUGGAUUCUUGCCCUGAGCAGGAAGAGUGACUAAAUGUCCAGUGGAUCCCUCAAUCAAACCCAUUCAUUCCAUGACCAGAGCAAUCAAGGGUUUUUCAUUGGGUUUGGGUCUGGACCCAGACUGAAAUGGGUAUCUUCCCUAAGUGGAUGCAUGGGUAAAUAAAGAAUAGUUGACCAUUACUUGUGGAUCAAGGCAGGUUUCUUCUGAAGGGGUUGUAUGACUCUUUAAGGAAGUUAGACAUCAUCGCCUCAUGUAAGAACAUGUUCUUAGUCUGGACUGACUAGUUUCAACAGCCAGGAAGACAGGAAUCAGGGCGAUGGUUGUCCGUAUUGUGAGGCUACAGUGACUGAAAGUGAUCCUCCAAAAUGCUAGGAAGAUGCUAGGAAUCUGUGCAAACUCUUAACAUCCAAGUCAGCAGGGAGGGAGAUGAAUAAAUUUAAUCUGAAAGUGCAAGCCAGACUACCCCAAGUAGCAGGACAGAUGUUAACUCCAGGUGUCAAUAGAAGCGAAUAUGUGUAGCUCAGGGUUGAACUGUGGAGGCCUUGGGGUUCUCUGAGCUGGGCUAGCACUGAAGAUGUUACCUAGCGGAGUAACAAAACGUUUGCAAGAAAACCACCCAGCUCAGAGAACCCCAAGGACUCCACAACGCUGGGUGUAGCUGAAAUAAACCCCCUGGAAAGUGACUUGUGGAUGUACAGAGUAAGGCCUCGACUGCCCACAUUUCAUGGCAUCCGGAUAAUUACUGUAGAGUUCAGGAAGGCAGUGAGGAUGCUGUUUGGGCUUUGGGGGCUUGAGAGGAUGGUUAGGUGAUGCUGAUUGCUGCAACUGAUUGUUCUUGUAACAUUUUUUAUAUUUAUGAUUUUAUAUGAGCUGCCUGGAAUUGUUCAAACCAGGCGGGACAUAAAUUAUGUAAGUAAGUAAAUAAAUAAAUAAAUGCUC